CAGAUUCAGGAGAGAUUUUUGUUGGAACUAGUUGUGCUGGGAACCACAGGGGUAUCUAAAAGCUCACCUCUCCUCAAGAAUUAGAUAUUCAGUUGUGCAGGGAACUCAAGUCCUUCCCAGAUGAAGGCUUCCCUGUUGCCCUGCAAGAACUCUCUGUUUACUGCUGUCCUCUACUGCGAGACCGUUGCUUAAAAGAUAAAUUAAUGAAGGCUCUGCAGCAACCCAGCAGUCAGGUAAUAUUCCUGUAGUACUUAUAAUCCUUCACAGGGAUAAAUUUCUAUUCCUACUUAUUCUGAAAUUCUGCAAUGCAUAAUCAUUCCCCGAUUAUUUACAACAUCCAGAAUUCCGUGUGAGUUGGGACAAACAAGGAUUGUAGGAUCUGCAGCAUUCCAUCAAUCAGCCCUAAUGGAUGGUAUUCCUCACGCGCCUCCACUUCGGGCUUUUCCUCUCUAUAUAAGCCCCUUGGCAUCUCCACUUACAAACCCACAAGAAGCCUUCAUAGAGAGAGAGAGAGAGAAGAGCCUUUUAGAGGUUCCGAAGAGGCAGCAGAGGUUUCUUCGGCUGCUGUGGAAAGGUUUCUUUCGACAAGAACAGAAAAGUUUCUGCAGCAGUUUGCUUCCUUGUUUGUUCCUCUAAAGUCUCUCAAUUUGAAUCGCAAUGGCUCGCUCUUUCUCAAACGCAAAGGUUCUCUCUGCUUUCAUCACCAAAGCAAACAGGCGAGGAUUUUCAGCCGCUGCUGCUGCACCACAAGGAGUUGUGUCCACGGUCAAGAAAACUGCGGAGGAGAAGAUUGGGUUCGCCAAAAAGGUCGCAUGGAUUCCAGACCCCCGUAAUGGAUGCUAUAGACCACAGAAUGUAGGGGAGGAGAUUGAUGCGGCCGAGCUAAGAGCUUUGCUGUUGAAGAAGCAUUGAACAUAGAAACGAAUAAAGUCUUUCUCUUGGUUGAUAGAUGUUAUAUCAAGAAAGGAUGGAUGAAUCAAGAAUCAGCCGCCGGUCUUUGCAUGUCUUUUGCUUUAUACAUUUUCUAUGGCUCCCCUGUCCUCUCCGUUUAGGACAAGAAGAAUUUUUACCUUGUAAUUCUUCUUUCACAUAGGAAUAGAAUGAUUAAUUUCAAUUUAGUGCAUAUGAUUUCAUUUUUGUAUGCAAAUCUGCUAAGAUUAUAUAGUU